GCCACGAGGCAAAUUAUAGAAGAGGCGCAGACGUCAUCAGAAGACACCAGCAGCAGCAGCAGCAGCAGCAGCAGCGGUAGCAGCACCUGCGAUAGUAGCAGCAGCAGUAGCAGGGGCCCACCAAACAAUGGCACGUACACCAGACCGGAGGGGUCGAGCUCCUCUGGAAGCAGCAACAGCAGCAGCAGCAGCAGCAGCAGCAGCAGCAUUGCUGCAUGGGAGGCAGCCGCUGCUGGUGCAGCUGCGCAGCAGCAGCAGCAACAGCAGCAGCAACAGCACCAACAGCAUGUAGUUCCCUCCCAGGAUGAUGCGCGGAAGUCUGCAGCAGGAGGAGCAGCAGCAGGCGCAGCGGAAACCGCAGCAGCACCAGCAGCAGCAGAAGCAGCAGCACCAGCAGCAGCAGCAGCAGCAGCAGGUUGCAUUAUGAAGAAGGCUUCUCCUGCUGCAGUGGAUUUUGCAGUUAAGAAUUUGCUGUCGCGAGUUGUGCAGCUGCGUAUUGAAGAUGUUAUUGGGAGGCUUCAAGAGGAGUCGUUCUUGCUGCUGCUGCAGCUAAUAGACAAAACUGCUGCAGCAUUUAGAGAAGACCUUCACCUUGCUGCUGCUCACCUGCCCCCAGUAGCAGACCAGCUUGUCCCGUUGCUGAUGCAGCGCCCGCAGCAGCAGCAGCAGCAGCAGCAACAACAACAACAGAUGCAACUCGCGACGCAGCAGCCGGAUGGAGACAUUAGGGAGGGAAGAGGGCAGUUGCAGCAGCAACAGCAGCUGCAGCAGCAGCAGCAAUCCGGCUCAGCCCAAGCAGAAGUAGAGCCAGAAGCAGAUGCAGAAGCAGCAGCAGCAGCAGCUGCAGCAGCAGCAGCAGCAGCAGAUACAGACACCGUAGUGCGGGGCCCUCAGCUAAUUAUUGCAAAACUCCUCGCCUUGCAUUUCCUACACGAGGGGCACUUCUGCCUGUAUGAACUUCUCUGCGCGGAGUUGGCCGGGCAGUCUUUACGGCAGCAAGAGCAACAGCAGCAGCAGGACCAGCAGCAAGAGCAGCAGCCAGAGCAGCAGAAGGAGCAGCAGCAGCGGCAGCUUCAAGGGGGGCAGCAGAGGCAAGAAACGCUGCAAAGAGAGGAAGAGCAGCAGCACCAGCAGCAACAGGCAAUCAGGGACAAACAGCAGCAGCAGCAGCAGGAAAAUAGCAGCACAACCCUUGCUGUGUUUAAGCCGGAGGGGUCGAGCGCAUCAGCAGCAGCAGCAGCAACAGCAGCAGCAGCAGCAGCAGCAAGCAGCAGAGACACCUGCAGAGACGAGGGCAGCCGCUGCAGCAAAUGGUUUUGCGCCUGCCUCCACUGUGGGGAGCAGUGCGCUGCACCAAGCAGCAGCAGCAGCAGCAGCAACGGCAGCAGCAACGGCAGCAGCUGCUGCAGCAGCAGCGACAGGAAAAGACCGCGACCCCCGCAGCUGCUGCCGUGUGCGAUGUUGAAUUCUAUGAGGGAAGCUCGGGUGCAGCAUUUGCUGCGGUGGGGAGCCAUAUCCUUUGAAGAAUCCCAGAAGCUGCUGCCGCAGCAGCAGCAGCAGCAGCAGCAGUGGCUGCAGCAGUAUGAUGCCCCAUCCAAUUCAUCUUCUGUGAAGCGUGAGGCAGCAGCAGGUGCAGCUCCAGGGACUGCAGCAGCAGCAGGAGCACCAGCAGCAACAGCAGCAGCAGCAACAACAGCAACAGCAGCAGCAGCAGCAGCAGCAGCAGCAGGAUGUGGAGGGAGUUGCUGCUGCUCUAGAUAUGGAAGCGCACCAGCCAAGGGCCUUGAUGCAGCAAUUUAUUGGGUCUCCUCUCUUGAUGCAGAGUCGCGGCUGCAGCACCAACCCCUAGAGUUUAUGCUGCAUAAACUGAAGUUCUUCACCUUGCUGCAGCCUGAGACGCUGACGGAGGCCUUAGAAUACAGCCGAAUGCAUUUGAUGCCUUUCUGGAAUCAGCAUAAGGCGGAGAUUGCACGUGCUAUGGGUGUCUUAGCGUUUGUUCGCUCUGCUGCUGCUGCUGCUGCUGCUGCUGCUGCUGCUGAUGCGGGUGGGCAGCCCCCUGCAGCAGCAGCAGCAGCAGCAGCGCCUGCAGAUUUGAGCGGCCUCCCUCAAGCGACAGAGAAAUGCAAGGGGAGCGGCCUUGCAGCAGCGGGAGGACCUGACGCAUCAGCAGCAAAGACAGGAGCAGCAGCACCUGCAGCAGCAGCAGCAGCAGCAGGAAAGCGGAGGACCGAAGCGCUGACAAAGGUAAUGGUUGGAAGCCCUUACUCUUCUUUGGUGUUUGCAGCGUCUUGGGGAGAAGCAGAAAAGAUGCUGCAGCAAGCCCUCAUCAAAGAAGGGGUGCGGCUGCCUUUGCCGGAGUUGCCAGCAGCAGCAGCAGCAGCAGCAGCAGCAGCAGCAGCAGCGGCAGCAGAGGCAGCAGCAGCAGCAGCAGCACGGAACGACACCCCACUUCAUCGCCACGCCCCCCAUUCCACUGGUGUAGCAGCAGCAGCAGCAGCAGCAGCAUCUGCUCCUGCUGCUGCUACAGGGUCGUUUUCACAGCAGAUGCAGAGUCGCCAGGAGCCUGUUGCUGCUGCUGCUGCUAGUGCUGCUGCUGCAGCUACUGCACCAGCAGCAGCAACAGCUUCGGGGGCGCCGAGAGGUGCGCAUCCAGGGCGGAGACGGCGGCACAGGAGGCAGCAGCAGCAGCAGCAACACCAUCACUACCACCACGCGCAGCAGCAGCAGCAGCAGCAGCAGCAGCGGCAGCAGCUGCGCAACCUCGGCGCCGGGCCCCGGUCGAUGGGCCGCACAGCAGCAAUUAUAUACAGGGAGGCGUUGAGAACUCUAGGGCGCCGACCCUUGCAGCAGCAGCACCAGCAGCAGCAACAGCAGAGUGGCAGCUACCGAAGGGCACCUGCAGCAGGCUCCGUGCCCGCCGGGGUCCCCCAAGGCAGCAGCAGUAGCAGCAGCAACAGCAGCAGCAGCCGUGCAACCGAAUCAGCUGCCCCCAUACAUCCCUUCAGUAGCCCUGCAGCAGCAGCACCACCUGCUGCUGCUGCUUCUGCUGCUGCUGGACAAGAGGCCGGUGCUAAGGACCCCAGGGACCCAACUCUACCGGCUUUGCCUCCCUACCAUUUCUACACAUUCACAGGCAGCAGCAGCAGCAGCAGCAGCAACAGCAGCAGCAACAGCAGCAGCAGGUGGAGGGGACACUUUGCUGCGUCAAGAGAUCGAACAGGAGGCGUGGAUGUUGACAGAGAGAGACUAGCAGCAGCUGCUGCUGCGAUGAAAGCUGCUGCUGGUGCUGCUCCUGGUCCUGCUGCUGCUGCUGCUGCUGCUGAGGCGGGUUCUCUCGAGGGCCGCAACAGCUACGGCGGCAGCAGCAUCGGUUUUCCCUCUGCAGCAGCAGCAGCAGCAGCUUCCGGCGGCACGCCACCCCCAGCAGCAGCAUCAACAGCAGCAGCAGUUGCUGCAGCAAGAGCAGAAGCUGAUGCAGUUUGGGCUUGCGGAUUUGAGGGCCGUCGGGGGUCGCUGGCAGCACUGCGGCGGCUGCUGCGAGACUGCCGCCCCCAGCAGCAGCAGCAGCAGCAGCAGCAGCAGCAGCAGCAGAGAGCCACAACGCUGCGCUGCCGCAGCUGCACGAGGGGAGAGCAGAACCGCGAUGUGCUGCUGGCUGUCACGGGUGGGGGGUUUCUGAGCCCACAUUGGGGUGCUGCUCUUGUUGCUGCUGCUCUUAGGAGAAGCGUAGGCUUCCGCUGCAGCAGCAGCACCAGCUGCACCAGCAGCAGCAGCAGCAGCAGCAGCAGCAGCCUGUCCUGGUUGGAGCUGCUGGAGUUCGCGCUGACGCAAACCCUGUACCCUUCGAGGGGCCCCGCAGUCUCCUUGCUGCAGCGACCUCCCCCAGGAACAGCAGCAGCAGCAGCAGCAGCAGCAGCGCAAACUCUGCAGGAUAUAGCAGCAGAAUGUAAGAGGGGUGGGGGGCCUCAGCAGCAGCAGCAGCAGCAGCAGCAGCAGAGGCGAGAUCUGUUAGCAGCAACUGCGUCAUAUAAAGGGCCUCCUUCUCUCGAAAGCUGCUGCAGCAGCAUCUGGAGCACGCCAACAGCACUUGCUGCUGUUGCUGCUGCUGCAGCAGCAGGCGACGGUGACGACGGUGAACGCAGCGAACCACAGCAGCAGCAGCAGCAGCAGCAGUACCUGCCGCUGCUGCAGCAGCAGGAAGAAGCAGCAACAAACAGCUUGUUGACAUACUUGAGAUUUUCUUCGCAGGCACCAGGGGGGGACUCAGCCACCGUAGCAGCAGUAGCAGCAGCAUCAGCAGCAGCAGCAGCAGCAGAAGCAGCAGCAGCAGAAGGAUCUCCAUUUGUCCCUUCCGCGCUGCGCAGCUCCAGCGACCCCCAUGCUGCUGCAGCAGCUGCUGCUGUUGCUGCUGCAGCGCGCUUGAGAGCCACCUCAGCCUUAGCUAUUGCUGCUGCUUCUCUUGCAUGCCCUAUCACGCCGGACGAAACAGCAGCAGCAGCAACGACAGCACCACCCUCAGCAGCAGCCGCAACACCAGCAGCAGCAGCAGCAGCACCAGCAGCAGCAGAUGGGUCUCCAGAGGGUGCUGCUUGCGAUGCAGCAAGAGACUCAGCCGCUGCUUCUCCGCAGCAGCAGCAAAUCCGCAUUCGAGGAGAAACGCCAGUUCCAUCAGCAGCAGCAGCAGCACCAUCAGCAGCAGCACCAGCACCAGCAGCAGCAGCAGCAGCAGCAGCAGCAGCAGCAUGGGAUGGGGCUGUGAAUGAUGCCGUGGCGUUGGUGUACUGUGGAAUAUUGCAGCUGCAGGAGAUGCUGCCGGCGCUGCAGCAGCAGGAAAUAGAGGAGCUGGAGGAGGAGGAGCAGCAGCGUCAGCAGCAGCAGCGUCAGCAGCAGCAGCAGCAGCAGCAGCAACAGCAGCAGCAGCUGCUGCUGCUGCCGCAGGGCCCGUGGGUUCCUUUUGGGGUAGAGCUGCGCCAGCUGCCAAAGAGGAAGCCGCUGCAGCUACCGUUUGCAGAUAUAAGCGGAGGAGAUGUCUUUGCUGCUCUCUCGCUUCUCUCGCACUUAAAAAGAAGAGCUAAGGAAGACAGGGAGCAGCGGCACCGGCUGCUGAUGGAGGAGGCUGGGGCCCUAGCAGCAGCAGAGCAGCAGCAGAAUGCACUUGCAUGCGCACUGAGAGACAUUUUGCUGCUAGCCGUCCCCUCCAGGAACAACGCAGCAGCAGCAGUUGCUGCUGCUGUUGCGGUGGAGGAUGCCGUUGCUGCUCUGCCGAAGCAGCCGCAGCGAGAGCAACACCAGCAGCAGCAGCAGCAGCAGCCGCAACAGCAAACCGAAGGCUGCGGGAUCUUGGUUGCUGCGCCCUCUGCUGCUGCUGCAGCAACCCAAGCCGCAGCACCAGCAGCAGCAGCGCCAGCAGCAGCAGAAGCAGCAGCAGCAAAUAAAACAGCAGCUGCAGCAGCAGCUGAGCGUCCCUAUGCACCCAACGCCUUGGAUAGUACGACAUUAGCGACGAGCACCGUAGAAGCGCCAGCACCGCCAACAGCAGCAGCAGCAGCAGCAGCAGCACCAACAGCAGCAGCGACAGCACCAGCACCAGGAGCAAGAGCAGCAGAAAAAGCGGCAACAGCAGCAGCAGGGACGCGAGGACGGUUUUGUGGUUCUUCUGAGCCCUUGCUGCUGCAGGAGUUGCGUUUUUUGGGUUUGCUGCUGCAACAUUUGCUGCGGCGGCAGCAGCAGCAGCAGCAGCACUUGCUGCCUCUAUCGCGGCCUUGGAGGGUAGUAGGUGAAGAGAGGAAGGUGCUGCUGCGCGUAGCAGCAGAAGUGCAGUGGGGCCUUAGAGAGGCAAGCAACAUCAUUGUGCAGCAGCAGCAGCUGCUGCUUCAGCGCAUGCAGCAGCAGCGGCAGCAGCAGCAAGACAUGCCGGGCGAGCUGAGCUGCUGCUCUGCACCCAACACUUCUCUCAACAAUGCAGAGGCAUUUGCUCCAAGACCGGCUUUCAGGGAGCAGCAGCAGCAGCAGCAACAACUGCAGCAGCAGCAGCGGCAGCCGGAGAGGGAAUUGCUGCAGCAGCAAGGACCUCUAUGGAGAUUGCAGCGAAUGGCAGCAAGCCACCAUCCCCACCUGCAGCGGGCUCAGCAGCAGCAGCAGCAGCAGCAGCAGCAGCAGCAGCAGCAACAGCAGCAACAGCAGCAGCAACAGCAGGAGAGGCUCCCAGAAGGUAGAGCGGUGGGAGCCGUGCCGCCGACAGAGCAGCAGCUUGCAGAAGCAGGAGCAGGAGCAGCAACAGCAACAACAGCAGCAGCAGCGGGAGGAGCAGAGGAGGAGCAGCAACAGCAGCAGCAAAUGUUAGUUGGUGCGUCUGCUGACGCGGGGCUAGCGGCGCCCCCGUCUUCUUUGCGGCAGCAACAUGAGACAGUGGAGGGUAUGCAGCAGCAGCAGCAGCAGCAGCCAGCGCAGCAACAGCAGCAGCAGCUGCCGCUGCAGCAGCAGCAGCAGCAUGCAGAGCAACAGCAACAGCAGCGACAGCAACAAGAAGAACUGCCCCAUGGCUACUCUGCCGCCCUCCAGCCCCCCGCUACCAAUCUCUUUCAGCAGCAACAGCAGCAGCAGCAGCAACAGCAGCAGCAGCAACAUCAGCAGCAGCCGCAACAGCCCCAGCAGCAGUCGCAACAGCCCCACCAGCAUCUGCAAAAUCUGCAGCAGCAACAGUCACAGCAGCCGCCACAGCAGCAGCAGCAGCAACAGCCGCCACAGCAGCAGCAGCAGCCACAGCAGCAGCCACAGCAGCAGCAGCAGCAGCAGCAGCAGCAGCAGUUCCCGUGGGAUUUGGAGGCUUCUGCCCAGUGGCACGUGCCGCAGCAGCCUCACCCACAGAUGCAGUCGACACCGCCGCUGCAGCAGCAGCAACAGGAGCAGCAGCAGCAGCAGCAGCUGCAGGUCUGGGGCGAAGAGGCAGACAGCCAGCAACAGCAGCAGCGGCUCGGCAGGCUGCAGCUGCUUCGGCUGCAGUCCCGAGAUCCCCAGCAGCAGCAGCAGCAGCCGCAGCAGCAGGCUGAGGGUCAGCAGGCAAUGCCGAUGAGAGCAGCAGAAAGUGUUGAGGAGAGGCUGGCUCUCUUAGUAGGGCCCGCGCAGCAGCAGCUACAGCAGCAGCAGCAGCUACAGCAGCAGCAGCAGCUACAGCAGCAGCAGCAGCUACAGCAGCAACAACAGCUACAGCAGCAACAGCAGCUACAACAGCAGCAGCAGGUACAGCAACAGCAGCAGUACCUGAUGGAAGAGGAGGGGGAGGCAAUCCAGCAGAUUCAGCCGCCGCAGCAGCAGCUACAGCAGCAGCAGAUGCCGCCGCAGCUGCAGCCGCAGCAGCAGCUGCAGCUGCAGCUUCAGCUGCAGCCUCAGCAGCAGCAUAUGCUGCAGCCUCAGCAGGAGCAACAACUGCAGCUGCAACCUCUGCAGCAGCAGCAACAGCUGCUGCAGCAGCAGCUGCGGCUGCAGCAGCAGCAGCAGCAGCAGCAGCAGGGAAGCGUCAUAGGGUUAGGAGCAGCAUCUCCGCUUUUCAGCGCUUUUCCUAUUGCUGCACCGCAGGGACCUGCAGCAGCAAGCGCAGCACUAAGGACGUCAGGAGCAGCAACAGGUAGAAGCAGCAGCAGCAGCAGCAACAACAACACAGCAGCAGCAGCUGCUGCACGCACAGACGCAAUAGUAACAACACCACUAGCUGUAGAGAUAGACGCAAUAGCAGCAAUAGCAGCAGCAGCAACAACAACAGCAGCAGCAACAGCAGCAGUAGCAGCAGCAGCAGCAGCGACCAGCUCAGUAUGGCUGGGCUUCUUGGGGGGCUCUCGUUCCCUCCUAUUUGCUGCUGCUGCUGUAGCUCGGACUGCUGCUGCAAAUGUCGUGGGGGCGCAGAGCAUGAAGCAGCAGCAGCAGCAGCAGCUGCUGCUGCUGCUGCUGACGCAGCAGGAACCCCGAGGGGGUGCCUUGUUGCUGCAGGCUGCUGCAGCGGCAUUUGCUCAGUUUGCGGCGGCUGCCGCUCCUUUAAAGCCAGCAGCAGCAGCAGCAGCAGCAGCAGCAGUAAGCGCAGCAAACACAGUUCAGAGCAGCAGCAGCAGCAGCAGCAGCAUAGCUGCAGCAAUAGACCGCUCAUACAAAUCUCGCUACCCACCGAAAUUGGUACAGUUGCUGCGGCCUGCUGCUGCAGCAAGUGCUGCAGCAGCUGCUGCUGCAGCUGCAGCUGCGGAUGAGUUUGGGGGUUCUGCUGCUUUUUUAGCAGCAAGAGGCUUCCCUUCUGCUUCUCCUCAUCUACCGCCACCUCUCUUAGAUCAGCGGCUGCGGCAGCCUUCAGGUGUAUGGGCACCUCGCACCCAGAGGAGGGGUGCUGCAGAACAGCAUCAGCAGCAGCAGCAGCAGCAGCAGCAGCAGCAGCAGCUGGGUAGGGGGGUUCCUGGGCGGGGGAGAGAACCGGUAUGGUCAUUUUCUUCGGGUCUGCGUGCAGGAGCGGCUUUCCCCCGUGGCAGCAGCAGCAGCGGCAGCAGCAGCAGCAGCAGCAGCAGUAGCAGCAGCAGCAGCAGCGGCGGCGGGAGCAGCAGGCCUGGCACAACGACAACCCCGACCACGAUGGGCAUCAGCAGCACCACCGCGAUCACCAGCAGCAGCAGCAGCAGCAGCAGCAGCAGCAGCAGGGGUUUAUCUACAUUACCAGUACUUGUUGAAGACAGAUUAUGUUGUUUGAUAUGCGGAGGGGCUGACUGCUCGUGCAGUGCUUCAGGUGCUCGGCUGCCGUUAGAGAUUGACUUGGGCCCCUGCAUGCAGUUUCAUUCUUAUAUUAUUUGUGCUGUCAGCAAAGAGGAGACGUCCAACAGCAAUCCUCCUCGUCUUCUCUCAUGCGGGCAUGUCGUUUGCAAGUAA